UCAGGGCUUGGACGUCAUUCUGGACUCACGUUCAGUGAACCGGUUACUCCCAGAGUUGCAGCCAGGGCCCAUUUUGAGGGAGCCUUCCAGGUCCAGUCCUCCCGCUGCAGCCUGCUGGUAGCAAGCCGACCUGUCCGGAUGACGUAGAUACUGGGUUUUUACAGCAAUUCUCUGAUGACCUUGAUAUGGUAGAACGCUGUGUAUUUCAAAAGUAAGCUCUCAUUUGAGGAGACUAACAAUUCCUGUUUUUGCCAGGUGAGUACUCAUUUUUUUUUCCCCGACAAGAUAUUAGCAGGGAUAAACAACUUUUAUGUUAGAACAAAUUUAGUCAUAAAAAUACAUUUAAUAUAAGUGCUUUGUUUUUUAAUCUCUCUUCAUCGUUAUUAUAUAGUCAUAUAUUUUGUCACAUUUAUUUUCAGAUAUCAUAUACUUUGUAAGUUUAAUUAGAUACCAAAAAAAUUAAGUGUCCCUGUUACUUUAGAUUAAGAGGUUGGAGGACACAAGGAACACAUAUCCUCUGAAACAUUAUUUUUAGUUGGGAAAAUAACAAACUGAGAAGUUGCGUUACAGGGAAUAACAUAUCUCAUUUCCUCUUCAGAUAGUAAGAUUAUUUUGAAUACAUUAUCUAGGAUUAUUAAAAACAAAUAGGAAAGAAUGUUCUAAGUUUAAAACUAUCAGUUGGAGUUGAAGACUUGGGGAGGUGGGGAGAUUAUUAAUAUAGGAAGUAGGAAAGUACUUCCCUUACGGAAAGAAUAAGAAAAUUUUAAGCACUUAUGUAUGCCACCUAGAUGGUACUGAAGAUUCUUUGGAAUAUAGGGAAAUGAUCAUUUUAAGGUGAAGAGGGUGAAAAGACCUUCCUUUUUUUCCUACCAGGAACUGUUGACUUUCUGCCCUAACCAGAGAAAGUAAAAAUUUCCUUCUCUCUAUGGCACGGUAGCUCAUGCCUAUAAUCUUAGCACUUUGGGAGACCUGAGGUCGGGAGUUCAAAACCAGCCUGGCCAACAUGGUGAAAGCCCAUCUCUACUUAAAAUACAGAAAUUGGGCGGGGCGCGAUGGCUCAAGCCUGUAAUCCCAGCACUUUGGGAGGCCGAGGCGGGUGGAUCACGAGGUCAAGAGAUCGAGACCAUCCUGGUUAACAUGGUGAAACCACGUCUCUACUAAAAAUACAAAAAAUUAGCUGGGCAUGGUGGCGCGUGCCUGUAGUCCUAGCUACUCAGGAGGCUGAGGCAGGAAAAUUGCCUGAACCCAGGAGGCGGAGGUUGCGGUGAGCCGAGAUCGCGCCAUUGCACUCCAGCCUGGGUAACAAGAGCGAAACUCCGUCCCCCCCGCCCAAAAAAAAAAAAAUUAGCCGGGUGCUACUGGGAAGUAAUCCUAGCUACUGGGAAGGCGGAGGCAGAGAAUCCCUUGAAUGUGGGACGCGGAAGUUGCAGUGAGCCGAGAUCACGCCACUGUUUAUAUUGUUUUCAUUGAAUAAAUUCUCAAUUAUGAGUAAUCAAACUCACCUGUUUUCCCCCCUUAUUGUUUAAGCUUUUUAGGUCUUGUUCAAGAAAUCCUUCUUCACCCCAAGGUAACAGAUACUGUCCUUCAUUUUCUUCUAUUGCAUUUACAGUUCUGCCAUUCACAUUUAGGUCUUAAAUGCAUUUGCACUCUACUUCUGUAUUUAAGAUACUGCUUUACUUUUGUCUGCAUAGUGAGCCAAUGUUCACAAUACUAUCAUACUAAACUUAGUCUGUUCUAUCUCCUUUGCCUUAUAGUGCCACCUGUAACAUAUGUGAAGUUCCUGAAAUACCUAAGUCCAAGUUGCAAUUCUGUCAUAUUCUACUGAUAAUUUGUUCCUGUACCUGUACAAGGUUAUUUUUAUUACUUUCAUUUGCAGCAUAUUUUAAAAAAAAUUUUUUUCUGAUAGAGACAAGGUCUCCCUAUGUUGCCCAGGCUGGUCUCAAACUGCUGGACUCAAGAGAUCCUCCCAACUUGGCCUCCCACGGUGCUGAAAUUACAGGUGUAAGCCAUUGUGCCCAGCUGUGUAGCAUAUCUUUUUUUGUUUUUUUCAUUUCAGUAGCACAGAAGCAUAUCUUAAUAUCUAGUAAAGAAAGCCUCUUUGUUCUUUUUGUCCAGAUUGAUUUGUCUCCGUAUGUACCUUUAUUGUUUUAUAUAUAUAUAUAUAUUCCAGAUUUCUUCUUGAGUGGCAACCUUAAUGCCAAAGAAGGCCCAAGAGACUUGUUCACCCUUCAUGUCCUCAACUCUGAGGAAGUAAAGGUGGGACUCACAGGGCGCCAAGUCUCCUUAUUGUAUUUUGUUCCUCCUCAGUCCCUUUAUCCAAAUGAAGUUUAAUAUGCAAAUUGAGGCCAGGCGCGGUGGCUCAAGCCUGUAAUCCCAGCACUUUGGGAGGCCGAGGCUGGUGGAUCACGAGGUCAAGAGAUCGAGACCAUCCUGGUCAACAUGGUGAAACCCCGUCUCUACUAAAAAUACAAAAAAUUAGCUGGGCAUGGUGGCAUGUGCCUGUAGUCCCAGCUACUCGGGAGGCUGAGGCAGGAGAAUUGCCUGAGCCCAGGAGGCGGAGGUUGCGGUGAGCCAAGAUUGUGCCAUUGCACUCCAGCCUGGGUAACAAGAGCGAAACUCCGUCUCAAAAAAAAAAAAAAAAAAAUAUGCAAAUUGAUAAUUAUGUAAGUUAUUAUUUUACAUUUGCUGAUUUUCAAAUGCAAUGUUUAAUAGAGUUUUGUUGUGUAAAAACUUUUUUCAAUUUUGUUUUUCAAAAAAGUUUUAAACCUACAGAAAUGUAAUAAGGUAGAUCAAGCUCUAAUUACUAACUGAACAUUUCUAAAGAAUCAUCUAAAUAAUAGGUAGAACCAUUUUUUUAUGCUUUACAUCCUAGAUUUAUCAGUUGUUAGCAUUUUGCAUAUUUUAACUCUCUUUCUGCAUCUAUCUAGCUACCUGUGUAUCUACCUGUCUAUUGCUAAACAAUUUGAGGGCAUAUUGCAGAUAUGAUUUUUUCACCCCUAUUUCAGUAUGUAUUUCCUAAGAACAAGGACAUUGACUUAUAUAACCCCAAUACAAUUAUCAUAUUCAAGGCAUUUAUCACAUUGAUCCAAUAUUAGUAUCUAAUAAAUCUCCCAUAGCCAAAUGUUCCAGUUAUCAAAGUAGUGAUCUUUGUAGUACAUUCCAUCCCCUUCCCAAUUCAAGAGCAUUGGUUGCAUUUGAAAUCAUCUAUCUUUAGCCUCCUUUAAUCUGAAACAGUUGCUCAGCCUCCCUGUGUCUUUCAUAACAUUGACAUUUUUAGGUAGAAGCUAUUUGUUUCAUAGAAGAUGCCUCUGUUUGGGUUUCUCUGAUUGUUUCCUCAUGUUUAGAUUCAAGUUAUGCACUGGACAGUGGUAGUUCCUUUCUAACAAAAAGAGAAACCAAAGAAUAGAAUAAACUCAAUUUUAUUAAUUUGAAGGCAGUAUUAGAUAUUCCUUUGAUGAGGAAGAAAAAUUCAUCUUCAGGUUCCAAAUCUAAGAAACAAGUAUACCCAUAUUUCAGAAUUUCAUCAGAGAUCUUAAAAAAUUUAGCUACAUUGUAUUUGAUUCCCAGAAAGCCAAAUAUAUACUAUCUACCUAAUUGCUAUAUUAACAUUUGAGUAACUACUAUAUUUAGGCUACUACAGUAGGCCUAGGAAGCUGUUUUAUUACAAACACUGAUAUUCAAUCACAAAUAUGGAUAAACAGGGUUUCAAGAUGAUUCUUUAGAAAUGGUCAGUAAGUAAUUAGAGCUUGAUGAGUAUGAAUUGUAAAUUACCAAAGAUACACAGUAGCUAAAUAUGAAAGACAUAACACAUUCUAAAAUGUGGGUGAGGUUGGGUGCGGUGGCUGACACCUAUAAUCCUAACACUUUGGGAGCCUGAAUCACCUGAGGUCAGGAGUUCGAGACCAGCCUGGCCAACAUGGCGAAACCCUGUCUCUACUAAAAAUACAAAAAUUAGCUGAGCAUGACCGCACGCAUCUGUAAUUCCAGCUGCUUGAGAGGCUGAGGCAGGAGAAUUGCUUGAACCUGGGGUACAGAGGUUGCAGUGAGCUGAGAUUGCGUCACUGCACUCUAGCCUGGGCAACAGAGCUAGACCUUGUCUCAAAAAAAAAGCAAACAUUAGCAGGGCAUGGUGGCAGGCAUCUAUUCCAGCUACUCCAGAAGCUGAGGCAAGAGAAUCACUUGAAUCUGGAGGGCAGAGGUUGCAGUCAGCCGAGAUCGCGGCACGUCACACCCCCCUGGGCGAAAAGAGCAAAACUCUGUCUCAAAAAAAAAAAUAGUGGGUGAGUGCUUUCAUUCAAAGCUGUGGAAUCUGCUCCAGAUCUCAGGUUGCUACUAGAGCAUCCUGGGUAGAUCACUCUUCUCCAGUAAGCCCUGGGCUUUCCCUAACCUGUACUGCGCAAGAAGCCUGUCCCUUCUGCUAUCCUGGUCAACUCUGCCUACCAAAUUCCUGCCAAUCUUUGAAAGCACAACCCUGACCUAGGCUCCCUUCCUUUGGGAAACUUCCCAAGGCCUCCCUCCAUGCUGUAUGAUCAUCUCUCUUAACAGACUGGGCAUUCUUAAUCACAAGUAUCUUUUUCUUCUUUUUCUUUUUUUUUUUUUUUUUUUGAGACAGAGUCUCACUUGUCACCCAGGCUGGAGUGCAAUGGCACGAUCUCGGCUCUCUGCAACCUCUGUCAUCCAGGUUCAAGUGAUUCUCUUGCCUCAGCCUCCUGAGUAGCUGGGAUUACAUGUAUAGGCCACUAUGCCCAGCUAAUUUUUGUAUUUUUACUAGAGACGGGAUUUUCCCAUGUUGGCCAGGCUGGUCUCAAAAACCUGUCCUUCGGUGAUCCACCCGCUUCAGCCUCCCAAAGUGCUGGAUUACAGGCCUGAGCCAUUGCACCCAGCCAAUCACAAGUAUCUUUAUAGGACAGCUUUAUUUUUUGCAGAACACCUACCAGAGUACUUGUCCUUCAGUAGUUAUUUCUUUAGCCCAUUAGUAAUGAAUUAAAAAGUUUUGCUAGGAAGAAUGAAAGGAUUAAGAGAAGUUCUACUAAUUUCUGAAAGGUAAUAAAACAAAAUCUGAUUCCUUUUUAAAGACUUUCAAAGAAAUCUUUAGAACCUGCAAACCCUCCCACAAAGAAAAUGUAAACACGGAAAGAUGGGAGGCAAUUUUACUCUAUAUAAUCUAAUAUCACCGUGGCAUUUCAUUCAAACAAACAUUGCCAUGAAGUUAGGAAAAUUCCUGCUGCAUUCACUUGUCACAUUUUUUUUCAGCAAUCAAGUUGAAGAAACAUUUCCACUACUUAAAAAGGUACCUCCAAAUUACUUUCAUAUUUGUUCAGCUAUCCUAAUGGGAUUUUUACUUAGUAAAUCUGCUACUCAGGUAUCUGCUAUGCGUAUGGAUUCAAAAGACGAUGAUCACCUAAUACGAGGGACUGAAAAAAGCAGGCUGGAACCAAUGACUCAGUUAUUUCAAAACACCAAGAAAAUAAGUUUAGAAGACACAAAUGAAAACGUUACAAGGAUUGAAGGGACUGGCACAGGAUCUCUUUCUGAGAAAGCCUUGGGUUCAGUAGUAUACAUCAAAGGAAGUGAUGGACUAGAAGUGACAGAUGUGGAAUGAAGCAAUUUGUACGUAUUACCAAUUUGUACCAUAUUGCCUUUGAUUAACAGGGGGUAUUGAAAGAGAACUUAACCUUAUUAGGAGACCCUAACAAAAUGAUGGAAGACUAUUGCUUUAUUUUACACUAUGUAUGAAUCAUCUUACACUGCAUUUUUUGAUGAUGCCUAUUUAAAAGGCAGUUGUUUAGGGAGAAAAAGCCUUCCAAAUUCAAAGCAGAUUUCUCUGAUAUUAUAUCUUUCUUAAAAAUGGGAGUUUUUUUUAGUAACAGUAUUUGAAUGGCACCAAAACAUUUUCAUUUGAAUGUAUUUCUUUAACAAGUGGUUUUUAAAAAGUGUCCAAGCAGCCAGGCACGGUGGCUCACACCUGUAAUCCCAGCACUUUUGGAGGCUGAGGCGGGUGGAUCACCUGAGGUCAGGAGUUCACGACCAGCCUGGCCAACAUGGUGAAACCCCACCUCUACUAAAAAUACAAAAAAUUAGCCAGGCAUGGUGGCAGGCACCUAUAAUCCCAGCUACUUAGGAGGCUGAGGCAGGAGAAUCAGUUGAACCCGGGAGACAAAGGUUGCAGUGAGCCAAGAUUGCACCAUUGCACUCCAGCCUGGACAACAAGAGCGAAACUCUGUCUCAAAAAACAAACAAAAAAGUGCCAAGCAAUGUGACCUCUGUUUUUCACACUAUUUCUGAUGUACCAGUUUUGUAUAUUACAUUUCCAUUUUGGGAUUCUGUUUCAGGAUACUUUACUUUCUUCAUUUUGCAUUUCUGUUCUGUAAAAGAUCACUGCAGAUAAACUGCAAAAGACCAAUAAAUUGCUUAUCUUCGGAAUCAUCA